AUGUCGUCGCUUCUGCCCCAAUCCGAGGGAUACCUCCCACUCUACAUUUUGUUCGUGGGCGCCACCGCCAUCGGCAAUGCCAUCCAAUGCUACUUCACUAUGUCCUACACUCAACGUCUUUACCCUGGAACCUCACUGUUGAGCCAGCCCAAGGACAAAGCCAAUCCAGCAGUCACCUCGCCAGCUACGCCUCUCUCCUCGAGAACUUUUGGCACCUGGACGGUGGCAGUUGGAAUAGUAAGACUGUUUGCGGCAUACCACAUCAAUGAGCCGGCAUGGUACCAACUGCAGACCCUGACCAAUAUCGUUGGUCUCGUCCACUUCGGUCUGGAAGCAUUUGUCUAUAGGACGACUCGACCAUCAGGACCAUGGCUGGCUCCAGUCACUGUGGCAUUGAUCGGGACCGGCUGGAGCAUUGCACAGUACGGGUUCUAUGUCAGAUGA